AUGGCUCCCGUGUGCGGAGGCAGCAGCCUUGGUGCGGCGCUCCUGCGCCGUAGUUAUCCGCGUUUGUUCUUUGCGCCUGCGCCACUUCAGUCUUUCAGCCCAACGAACCCGCAGUUUCAUCCCCCUGGAGCAGACUGCGGCGCCAAAAAGCCCUGGCAAGGAAUGGACAUGAGGAAGAUAGCAUCUCACAAAUUUGUCAGCCACAAUGUAACUCGUGUCCCCAUGAGCUCGGGUUACCAGUACCUGAACUUCACAACUCCAUCAGUUCACGCGCCGACUCACGGGGACAUUGCAGUCUUCUUCGAUACAGCAAACUGCUAUAAGGACUACACGCCCGCUCAGCUGUUCAAAAGCGCUUGGCCUCAGCUCCGGUUUUUCCUUAUGGCUGCUAUCUCCGUCGCAGCACCGGCAAUUCCGAUUCUCCUCUUUAUCUUCUAUAUGAACAGAUUCGAACCCAUGGAACAAACUAUGGACAGAGAAGAAUACUGGAAGAACUUCAAGUGGAACUACUUCGGACCUGAGCUGGAUCACCACGCGUACGAACAGUAUCUGGAAGCCAGGAGAGCCAAGAAGUGGCGCGGUGUCGACGUGAACCCGGAGGACUACAUUCCUUCCCAAUAUAAGGGCGAAUAA